AUGUACCGAUAUGUAGAUUAUGACAAAAUUAUAGAAAAUCAAAAAAAUAUAUUUCUUAAUCGUGAUAAAAAAGAAGAUACAGAAGGUUCUUUACCAAUGAAUUAUUCAAAAUUACACACUGCUCUAUUAAUGAAUAUAAUUGAAAGUCGUCAAAAAAUAUUAAUACAACGUCUUGAAUUCGAUGAUGACUUUAAUAAGACAUUCCCGGCAGAUAAUAAUACUGAUGCUAACAAUCAGAAUAUUAGUGACCAUGAUGAUAAUAACGAUGAAACAUUGACCACAAUAAUAUCAUAA